AUGUUGGAUCGUCAAGCUACAAAGGAUGCUGGAGUUAUUGCUGGUUUGAACGUUAUGCGUAUUAUCAACGAGCCCACCGCAGCAGCUAUUGCCUACGGUCUUGACAAAAAGGCAACCAGCGUUGGAGAGAAGAACGUGCUGAUCUUCGAUCUUGGUGGUGGUACCUUCGAUGUCUCCCUUCUCACCAUUGAGGAAGGUAUCUUCGAAGUUAAGGCGACAGCCGGUGACACCCAUCUUGGAGGUGAAGAUUUCGACAACAGAAUGGUUAACCACUUUGUUCAAGAAUUCAAGAGGAAGAGCAAGAAGGACAUCACUGGUAACCCAAGAGCUCUUAGGAGGUUGAGAACUUCCUGCGAGAGAGCAAAGAGGACCCUUUCCUCCACCGCUCAGACAACCAUCGAGAUUGACUCUCUCUACGAGGGUAUUGACUUCUACUCCACCAUCACACGCGCUAGAUUCGAGGAGCUCAACAUGGACCUCUUCAGGAAGUGUAUGGAGCCAGUCGAGAAGUGUCUCCGUGAUGCUAAGAUGGACAAGAGCACCGUCCACGAUGUCGUCCUUGUUGGUGGUUCCACCCGUAUCCCUAAGGUUCAGCAAUUGCUUCAGGACUUCUUCAACGGAAAGGAGCUCUGCAAGUCCAUCAACCCCGACGAGGCCGUUGCUUACGGUGCUGCCGUCCAGGGCGCUAUCCUCAGCGGUGAAGGAAACGAGAAGGUCCAAGAUCUUCUGUUGCUCGAUGUCACUCCUCUCUCUCUCGGUCUUGAGACAGCCGGUGGUGUCAUGACCACUUUGAUCCCCAGGAACACAACCAUCCCCACCAAGAAGGAGCAGGUCUUCUCCACCUACUCGGACAACCAACCCGGUGUGUUGAUCCAGGUGUACGAAGGUGAGAGGGCCAGGACCAAGGACAACAACCUUCUCGGAAAGUUCGAGCUCUCUGGAAUCCCCCCGGCUCCACGUGGUGUGCCCCAGAUCACUGUCUGCUUCGACAUUGACGCCAAUGGUAUCCUCAACGUCUCUGCUGAGGACAAGACCACCGGACAGAAGAACAAGAUCACCAUCACCAACGACAAGGGUCGCCUUUCCAAGGAUGAAAUCGAGAAGAUGGUCCAGGAGGCUGAGAAGUACAAGUCGGAAGACGAGGAGCACAAGAAGAAGGUUGAGGCCAAGAACGCUCUCGAGAACUACGCCUACAACAUGAGGAACACCAUCCAGGACGAGAAGAUCGGUGAGAAGCUCCCGGCUGCAGACAAGAAGAAGAUCGAAGACUCUAUUGAGCAGGCGAUCCAAUGGCUAGAGGGUAACCAGUUGGCUGAGGCUGACGAGUUCGAAGACAAGAUGAAGGAAUUGGAGAGCAUCUGCAACCCAAUCAUUGCCAAGAUGUACCAAGGUGCUGGUGGUGAAGCCGGAGGCCCUGGAGCUUCCGGAAUGGACGAUGAUGCUCCUCCUUCUUCAGGCGGUGCUGGACCUAAGAUCGAGGAGGUCGACUAA